UGCGGUUGAUGAUGGGCAGUUGUUUUUUUUGAAAAAAACACAUUGCGAUGAAGUGUUUCCAAUGUUGCCGCCUCUGCACCAAAAGUCCGGCAAAGGAUUCGGGCAUUGAUUCAGAGACGGAGACGGAGUCGGAGAGUAGCAUCAUCGAUGAGGAAAUCGAAAAUCAUCGACAGACGUGGGAUUCCUUGUACUUCCCCAUCGACGUCCUGUGUGGUACUUCCGGCACUGCCGUGUCGGAAGAAGAGGAGGUGGAUUUGGAAGUGUUGCUGGGGACCUGGAAGUGCGUGGACACUUGGGGGCUCGACGAGUUUCUGAGAACCAAUGGGGUGGGCAUGCUGCAGCGGAAGUUGGCGGCCAACGCCAAGUGGCCCAACUGGGACUUUAUACGGACUGAGCGGGGCAUCCGCUUCGUGAACCACAGCAUGUUGGGUGAUUUGGUGGAGGAGAUCGACCUCACGGAGGAGUACGCCUCCAAGGACGGCCAGGGGAAUUUGGCCAAGUGCCGCGCCGAAUGGCUGACCGUGAGGGAUGGGACCGGCAUGCUGCGCACGCGGAAGAUGGGAGAUCUCGGGGAUUGGAUCGAAGAACGGAAGGUGACAGAUGAUCGCCUGGAGUUUGUUCUGACUCAGCAAAAGAACGGCUCCAAAUGGGGCCGAUCCUUUGUGCGCCUUGAGGCGAGAUGAGCACGCAUCUCUGCCACCGGGGGCCCUUUUUGGGCCCAAAGGGCCCAAAGUGUGCAAGAAAAAGGGGUGCAACAUGAAUUCUGGCGAACCAUAGUGAUCCC